AUGCCUGAAUCCAUUUCACCGACUCAUUUGCCCAAUCCGCAAUCUUCUCCCCCGACUCAGCACUCGCAUGUCGACUUGUCUGUCUUCCCAAACCCUCUAGCACCACUCGUAUUGUCAGUCGACCCAGUGGAUAUCACUGACACUGAGAUUCAGAAAGUUACUUGCCUGUGGCCAUCCUGUGUUCCCCUUCUGACAUUCAUAGGGAAUUCACAGUUACAGGAGCGCAAGGAUCGUAUUAUACAGAUACUUAAGCUCAGCAAGAACAGGAAACUCGGUAAUGGCCUACAAGCUGCCAGUGCUCAUGUACUGACGCACAACCAGUAUACUAAUAUCUUUUCGGAAGAAACAUGCAUGCUAGAUCGCCUUCUCACGUCUGUUUUCACCUGCACCACGUUCAUGAAAGAUGUUGUCUACAAGAUGGAUGAGAACAUCUAUCAGGAACUUCACACCAGGUUAACGACUCGCCGUGCAAUAGCUUCCUUAUCACUCAAUUCAUUUGGUUAUUCAGAUUUUAAAGUACCUACAUGGGGCAUCAACACUGUGAAGGGCUUGACAGCCAACUAG